AUGACGAAUCCCAACAUGCAGACCAAGCUCAUUAUCUCCUUUCUUGCCAUUCUCGGCUUUAGAGAGGCUUUUGCCACGACCGUUCCCAACCAAGUCUCCAAAACGAGCCAACUAUUCGACGCUCUGCCUGAGUGGAACAUCAAGACGUCACCAGGCGGCCCCGUGGUUUCCUUCAACGGCACGGUCGAGGCCCUAUUUGCCUACAUGGAUAGCGAGUACCCGGAGCAUCUCUCGGAUGUCUUCGACCUCGACGUCGUUUUCGGGUCCGGCGAACGUGGACAGAAGUUGGACACACCGAUGCUAGAGAAACGCACCGACUUCAGCGAAUCCGACGCAGUCUGCUACUCCGGCGCUGUCGCGGACGGGCGGGCCAUCACCGACGGCAUCGAGUACCUGCGCGGCGUCAGGGGCCAGCCUUCCCUUCCCGUAGAUGGCUCUUACCUUGUCAGCUGUUCGCAAAACUCUGGCAUCAAAUGGCAUAAUCACUCGAAACAGCAAAUAACCCUGGAGUCGUUCGGAUCCAUCGCCGACGGUGCGCAGCACAUUGUGAAGUUUUGCCGCAAGGAAGACAAGGUUGGCGGGGUCGUCUUUCAUCACACGCAGUGGGGGGUGGAAAUACGUAAGGCCACGUGCUAG